GGUGACAAAUAUUGGUAUUUAUCAUUGUUCUGUAAUUGUUUUACCUCAAUAAUAAUCAGCAAUGGUUAGUGAUUUGCCGAUCGUCAAAGAGGUUUGGAAUGGAUCAGUUAUGGCCCGGUUUACACCUGCAGCUCAUGAAAUAUCAGGAUCAGGAAAACCGCCACCUUUUUAUUUAAUGCUACAGAGGAAUUCAUAUUUGCCUUUGAUCAAUGAUAAAAUUAAAAAACAUUUUGCACAAUACAUUGGUGAAUUUAAUGAAUCUGACAUUUGGUAUGAUUACGAUGGACGCCCACUCAAAUGGCAUCAUCCGAUCGGUGUUCUCUGGGAUUUAUUAUGUUACGAUAAACAAACAACACCCAUUGAAAUUACAGUCCAUUUCAAAGAUUUUCCUGUAGAAAGCAUCAUUUGUUAUCAUCAAAUGGAUGCCAUUGAGGCAAAUUUCAUGUCAAUGUUGAAAGAAGCAGACCAUUUAAAACACAGAGGACAAGUUAUGAAUAAUAUGAAUAAAUCUCAACAUAAACAGUUAUGGAACAGUUUGAAAAAUAAUAACUUUGACCAGUUUUGGUCUAUUAAUAGUAAAUUAAUGGAAGGUUAUGAAGGCACUGCUGUAUUCAAGUAUAUACCAUUGCGUGUAUACACUAAAGAUCAUGUAUUUCAAAGACUCGUUUCUCCAAUUUCUGAAGCCGAAAAUCCAUCAGAAACAUGCCUAAAUGAUUGUUUGUCAAGUAUAUUCAAACAGUGCUUAUCCUCACAAAAGUUGGAAAAUUUUGUUGCCGUCAUUCAAGGAAUUGAAGUCCCUCUCAAUUCUAAAAUGCAAUGGUUGAGUGAACAUUUAAGUAAUGCUGAUAAUUUUUUGCAUGUGGCUUUAAUCAACAAUAAUGACAAUUUAUAACAUGUAUGGUAUUAGUCAUCUGACUGUUUGACCUGUAAAAUCUCAUGUUUAUUUUGAUUUCAGUAUCGAUCAUGUACCAACCUUAGGCAUUGUGAUGGGAACUAACCAUUUUGUUGUUAGAACAUGUUUUUGGUAUUUAUUUUUCUUAAUAAGAAUGCUGUGAACAUCAUUCUUCGGUUAUAUUUUCCAAUAUAUAUCGUAAACAAAUUUGUAUUCGGCAUAUUUUUAUGUCGCUCAUAUUUAGAUGUCAAUGUUGGGAAGACACUAGUGGACUCAACAAUGAAUCAGACUUGUCAUCAAAUCACGGCCGGUGAGAGUGAGUCAGACUUAACUCAGUAAUUCACUAUACUUUGAUGGCCGUGACUAAACUCAGGGUUUCGGGACUUCCAUACAACACUGUUGGUUAUAUAUUCUUUGUGUAUUUAGGAAUAUCCAGGAAAUUUGGUCUGGUUUUAAAUAUUUUAGUAACAUGUCAUCAGUGACUGUAUGUUUUAUCAAAGUCUGUUGUAUCAAAAUUCAUCCGGAUGAAUUUAUAUUAUCCUGCUGACUUAAUUAUUUCUGCUUAUUUUAAUCACUGCUGAGAUAAGUGUAUUUUCUUUUGAAGUAUAAUAAUUUUACAAUCUAAAACAGGUUAUAAUCAGAAAUAGGAAUAUAGUAUUGAUCAGGUUGUUAUUUAACCAUGCCAAUUCUAAUUACCGGUACUGUUUUGAAAUUUUUAAAACAUCCUAUAAUAUAUUUUAUAAUGUUUUAUUUAUGAUUUUUUGACGCUAUAUACCUUUCAUAUUAUCAGUAAUCAAUGCAGCAAAAAACUUCAACUGAUUGUGUAUAAGAAAUGUUGGUUUACAAUUUGUGAAAAGCAGAUUUUUUAUGAGCAUCUACUGGUCAUAAUGUUCAGACAGUUUCAUUUCCCCUGUGUUAUUAUAGCAUUGACUCUGCAUAUUUCUAACUGGAAUGAUUUAGUGCAUAAUUUAUUUUGGGAAUAUUUUUUUCUACCAUUGCAAUUUUAUUCAGUGUUUGCUUGCACUCAUGAUCCAUCAUAAUAUUUUUAUUGAUUCAGA